AUAUGUAGCACUCUCCCAUCUCUCAUAUUACUUCACUUUCUUCCUUCCGCCUUCUUUCUCUCUCUCUCUCUGUCUCAAAACCCUCAUUAUUUGGGUGUUUCAUCAAAAAGAGAAGCGUAACAAGGAGGGGAAGAAAUCGACGGAUACCCUUGUGAGCUCUAUGGUCGUGGAUGGUUUUUGUCGACGCGUAUGCAUCGCCGAGCUGCGUCUCUAGACACCAAUCAACACAGAGGAACCCAAUUGUAGGGUUUUCGCUGGUAGUGUUGGGCGGUUGGGAACCCGGUGGAGAUGGCCACCGUCUUGGGGAAUCCACCCAUGCGGCUCCGGCAACUCCUGUCGUCUGGCGAAGGGAUGAUGAGGCCGUUAGUCAAACUGGACACCGAUCCUCCUCCAAAGAUUAAAGAUUUUAUAGAUAGGGUAAUCAAAUGCCCUCUGUCUGACAUAGCUGCACCACUUUCAAGUUUCUCCUGGGAGUACAAUAAGGGAAACUUUCAUCACUGGAGGCCAUUGUUUCUCCAUUUUGACACAUACUUCAAGACAUACAUCAGCUGUAGAAAAGAUCUCUUAUUGUCAAAUGAAAGUUUGGAAGAAGAUGCUCCAUUUCCGAAAUAUGAGGUGCUAUUAAUCUUGAGAGUUAUACAGGCUAUUUUGGAGAAUUGUCCCAACAAGAGUUCAUUCAGUGGGCUAGAGCAUUUCAACCACUUGCUGGCAUCAACUGAUCCAGAUAUCCUCUUAGCUGCACUUCAAACACUAAAUGCUCUUGUGAAGAUAAAUCCCUCAAAGCUUCAUGUCAGUGGGAAAAUGAUUGGUUGUGGUUCUCUCAAUAGCAUUUUACUUUCUCUAGCUCAGGGAUGGGGAAGCAAAGAAGAAGGCUUGGGUUUAUUCGGAUGUGUCCUGGCCAAUGAGCAAAGGCAAACAGAUAAUUUACACAUUCUUUCAACUGAUCCUGAGAAAGACUGUCGGGACUCACAUUAUCGAUUGGCUUCUACUUUGCAUUUUGAAUUCCGUCCCGCUAGUGAUGAAUUACAUCCUUCCAGUUUGUGUACUAUACAUAUCCCUGAUAUACAUAAAUGGCAGGAUGAUGAUUUAGCCAUUAUGAGAGGAUGUAUUAAACAGUAUAAAGUGCCUUUAGAGCAAAGAUUUUCUCUGUUUUCAAGAAUCAGAUUUGCUAGGGCUAUGCGUUCUCCUAUUGCUGCUCGAGAUUACAGCAAAAUAUGUCUUCUUGCCUUUAUUGCAUUGGUUCAGUCUAAUGAUGCCCAUGAUGAAUUGGUAGCUUUUUUUGCAAAUGAACCAGAAUUUACUAAUGAACUGCUAAAGCUUGUACGGUCUGAUAAUGCUGCUGUUCCAGAAGAGAUCAGGACUCUUGCUGUGGUCGCACUUGGAGCACAAUUAACAGCAUAUUCAUCUUCUCAUGAGCGGGCUCGUGUACUUAGUGGAUCUAGUGUUAUUGCUGGAGGUGCAGUGGGGAACCGUAUGGUUCUCCUUGGUGUACUCCAAAAGGCCGUCAUCUCACUUGGAAGCUCAUCUGAUGCUUCUUGUGUUUCAUUUGUUAGUGCUCUCUUGCAUGUUUUUCUUCUGCAUGUUAUAUCUUCUUCUAGCUCCGGAAGUUCUGUGAGAGGUUCUGGAUUAGUUCCAGCCCUUUUGCCACUUCUGCAGGAUGUGGAAUUGAGUCAUAUGCACCUUGUUUGUUCUUCAGUCAAGAUCCUUCAGAAACUUAUGGAUUACAGCAAUGCAGCUGUUUCCUUGUUCAAGGACCUUGGAGGAGUUGACUUAUUAAUUCAAAGGUUACAAGUAGAGAUUAACAGGGUUCUUGAUGCUGGUGCUGUGAAUAGAAGUCCGAUGGUUAUUGGUGAUGCAUCGAUUUCUGGAGAUGAUAUUGUCUACACCCAAAAGCAUCUUAUCAAGGCUUUGUUGAAAGCACUUGGAUCUGCUACCUAUGCUCCAACAAACUUUGGAAGGUCCCAAAACUCCUAUGAGAAUACUUUGCCUGCUUCGUUAGCCGUAAUAUUCCGCAACACAGAAAAAUUUGGAGGAGAUAUCUAUUUCUCAGCAGUCACAGUAAUGAAUGAAAUUAUUCACAAGGAUCCUACCUGCUUCUCAAUUUUGUAUGAGGCAGGCCUUCCUGAUGCAUUUCUGUUUUCAGUGGUCAAUGGUGUCCUCCCUUCCGCAAAAGCAGUUUCAUGUAUACCUAGUGGUCUUGGUGCUAUUUGCCUUAAUGCGAAAGGAUUAGAGGCAGUAAAGGAACAUAAUGCCUUGCAUUUUCUCAUGGAGGUUUGUACAUCUCGAAAGUACUUGGUUGCUAUGAAUGAGGGUAUUGUUUCUCUUGCCAAUGCUCUGGAGGAGCUUUUGCGCCAUGUUUCCACGUUGCGGAGUAUUGGUGUUGAUAUAAUAAUAGAGAUUAUUGAAAAACUUGCUGCUAUGGAAGAUAGAACACAUGAAGUGUUCGAAAAGGAAAUGCCAAUGGAAACAGAUGCCGAGGAAAAGGUGAAUGAAGGGGAUGCAAUGGAUUCUGAUGGGGUUUCUGCUGAACGUUUUUUCCAGCUGUGUGUGUUUCAUGUGAUGCUACUUAUACAUCGCACUAUGGAAAAUGCAGAAACUUGUAGGUUGUUUGUUGAGAAAAAGGGGCUUGAGGCUAUGAUAAAACUGCUCUUACUACCAAACAUUGCGCAGUCAUCUGAAGGUUUGUCCACCUCUAUGUACACGGCAUCUGUUUUUAGAGGAUUUACUCAGCAACAUUCUGGUCCACUGGCACAAGUUUUCUGCUCUUCUCUAAGGAGUCAUUUAAGAAAAACUUUGAGCUUGUUGAACUCUGAUCCUGGAUUGUUUGUAUUGAAUCCACAAGCUGAACCUGACAGGGAGAUGUUUUCCAGCCUUUUUGUUGUGGAAUAUCUUCUCUUUCUUAUUGAUGCAUCCAAGGAGAAUCGUUGGUUGACUGCAUUACUUAAUGAGUUUGGGAAUGAUAGCAAAGAUGUUCUAGAAGAUAUGGGACGGUUGCAUAGAGAUGUUCUAUGGCAAAUAUCUGUCCUUGAAGAUUCCAAAGUUGAUAUAAGGGAUGGUGGUGCCUGCUCUUCUGUUCAGUCCCAGAAAUCUGACCUGAAUGCACAUGACAGUGGAGACCAGAGAUUAAGUAGCUUUCGCCAGUUUCUUGAUCCAUUGUUGAGGCGUAGAUUGUCUGGUUUUGGGGUAGAAUCACAGUUUUUGGACUUUGUGAGCCUUUACAAUGAUGUUAGUCGUGCUUCAGGCAUCCAGCGUAGAUUGGGUAUAGAUGCUUUGUCAAACAUGCGUAUUGGUUCAAAUCAGAGCCAACUGCAGGUCCCAAUUUCUUCAGAUGGUGUCUCCACAAGCAAGUCAGAGGGUGAACAACAGAGGUCCUUUUAUACCUCAUGCUGCGAUAUGAUGAAGUCACUAUGCUUUCAUGUCAGCCACUUAUUUCUUGAAUUGGGGAAAGUGAUGGUGCUUCCUUCUCGACGACGGGAUGAUGCCACCACUUUGUCCCCAUCAGCCAAGUCUGUCUUAUCUACACUUGCUUGCAUCAUAUUGGACGACUUGAACUUUGGUGGGCAUGUUGAUCCUUCUAGAUCAGAGGCACUUGUGUCAACAAAAUGUCGCUAUAUUAGGAAAAUCAUUGACUUCAUUGAUGUCAUCCUUUUGGACCGGCCAGACUCAUGUAAUCCAAUUUAUGUAAAUUGCUUUUACAGUUACGGGGUUGUUCAAGCUAUUCUGACAACAUUUGAUGCUACAACUCAGUUGCUUUUUGCAGUCAAUAGAGUACCUGCUUCUCCCAUGGAAACAGAGGAUGCAGAUAUUGGAGGCAAUGAAAAAUUGGAAAUGGAAACUUCAUGGAUUUAUGGUGCAUUAGGCAGCUACUGUUUACUUAUUGACCACCUAGUAACAUCUUCUUUCAUCUUGGCACCUUUUACAAAGCAUUUGCUUGUUCAACCUCUGACAUCUAGAAGCACUUCAAGAGACCCAGAGGCAUUUGUGAGGAUACUACAAUCCAAAGCGUUAAAAACAGUGGUUCCUAUCUGGAAUCAUCCUCAUUUUUCUGAGUGCAGUUAUGAGUUCAUAAGUGCCAUUAUAUCUAUUAUUAGACACAUUUACUCUGGAGUUGAAGUAAAGAAUCUAAGUAAUGGAAUUGGAACUCGAAUCUCGGGGCCCCCUCCAGAUGAGUCAUCAAUAUCUAUGAUUGUGGAGAUGGGAUUUUCAAGGACACGUGCAGAGGAAGCUCUGAGGCAAGUGGGAACAAACAGUGUAGAAAUGGCAAUGGAGUGGUUGUUCUCGCAUCCAGAGGAAACCCAAGAAGAUGAUGAGCUUGCUCGUGCUCUUGCUAUGUCGCUAGGAAAUGCCAGUUCGCUAAUGGCAGAUGACAUGGCAGGAAGUUCAAGCAAUGUGGACCAGGAGGAGGAAAAUGUGCAUCUUCCUCCUGUUGAUGAACUCUUAUCAUCAUCUCUCAGGCUUCUAGAGACAAGGGAAAACUUGGCUUACCCUGUCAAGGACCUGCUUGUAAUGAUAUGUUCUCAAAAUGAUGGUCAUCAUCGAAACAGGGUGAUUUCUUUCAUUGUUGAACACUUGAAGGUGUCUCAUGUAGUCCCAGAUACUGGCAGUGGUACUAUGUUAUCUGCAUUAUUCCAUGUUCUGGCAUUGGUUCUUCAUGAAGAUGCUACUGCACGCGAGGUUGCUGCCAAGAGUGGUCUUGCGUUGGUAUCUCUGGAUUUGCUAUCUAUGUGGGAGCCGCAUGCAUCAGAUGGAGAGAAACCUAAUGUUCCGAAAUGGGUGACAGCCUCUUUGCUAUCUAUGGAUCAGAUGUUGCAGGUGGAAACAAAAUGGAAUCCUGAAAUAUUUGGCACUGAGCAGUUAAAGAAGGAUGGAAACAAAGGCCAGAGUACUGCUGUACAUGAAAAUGGCCCGAACAAUUUGAACCCUUCCACGUCAGCUGCCAUCCAACUGUCUGCAUCGGAUCAGAAGAGACUUGUGGAAAUCAUUUGCAAAUUUAUUUGGAAGCAGAUUCCCUCUGAGACAAUGCAUGUUGUUCUACAGUUAUGUGCCACCCUGACCAGAGAUCAUUCCAUUGCAGUGAGCUUUCUUGAAUCUGGAGGUUUGGUUUCACUUCUCUCCUUACCUACAGAUUGUCUAUUUCCUGGUUUCGACAGUAUUGCAGCAACCAUAAUUCGUCAUAUUCUUGAGGAUCCACAGACCCUUCAGCAAGCAAUGGAAUUUGAGAUACGUCAUACAUUAAUGGGUUCCUUAAAUAGGCAUCCAAGUGGAAGAAUGACACCACGCAAUUUCCUUAGCAGCUUGGCUUCAGUGGUAUGUAGGGAACCAUCCAUUUUCAUGCUAGCUGCUCAAUCAGUAUGUCAAAUAGAGAUGGUGGGAGACAGACCUUAUGUUGUCUUGCUGAAAGAUCGUGAAAAGGAAAAGGGAAAGGAUAAGGACAGAUCAUCUGAAAGAGAUAAACUUCCAAAUACAGAUAAUAAAUUGAACUCUAGUGAAGUGAAUCCAGUUCCACUUCCAGGAAAUGGGCAUGCUAAAAGUGCCGAUGGUAAUUCCAAAACAUCCAAGGCACACAGGAAACCUCCUCAAAGCUUUGUGAGUGUUAUUGAUCUUCUCUUGGAUUCUAUUGUCGCAUUCGUUCCCUCACAAAAAGAGGAGGGUCAAGGAGAUGGUAAUCUUGGUGCCUCAUCGUCAAUGGAAAUGGACAUUGAUGUUUCCAUGAAUAAGGGGAAGGGGAAAGCUGUUGCUACUGUACCUGAUGAGAUCAAACUGGGUAGCCUGGAAGCUCCAGCAUCCCUUGCAAAGGUGGUCUUUAUUUUGAAAUUGUUGUCUGAGAUACUUUUGACUUAUUCUUCCUCAGUACAUAUUCUCCUUCGCAAGGAUGCUGAAAUUGGUAGCUUCCAUGGCCAACAUCAAAGAGAUGUUGCUGCAAAUCGUCAUGGAGGAAUAUUUCAUCAUGUUCUCCACAGUUUCCUUUCUUGUUCUGUAAAUAUUAAGAAGGAUAAGAAAGUUGAUAGUGAUUGGAGGCACAAAUUGGCAACCAGAGCUGGUCAGUUCUUGGUAGCAGCUGCUGUUCGUUCUGCUGAGGGGCGAAAGAGGAUUUUUACUGAGAUAAACAGUGCCUUCAUUGAAUUUGUUGAUGCAGCUGAACCGUUUGUGUACAUGAAACCAAAUUGUGAAAUACAGGCAUUUGUUGAUCUCUUGAAUGAGAUUAUAGCUGCUAGAUCCCCCACUGGUUCAUAUAUAUCAUCCGAAGCUGCUUCAACAUUUAUUGAUGCUGGGUUAGUGCAGUCCAUGACCAAAAUUCUCCAAGUAUUGGACUUGGAUCAUGCUGAUGCUCCCAAACUAGUAAGUGGCAGUGUUAAAGCUCUGGAGUCGGUUACUAAGGAACAUGUCCAUUCUGUUGACUCCACUAUUCCAAGAGGUGAAACAUUUAUUCCAUCUACUGGUCAGAUCCAAACAAGCAGAGCAGAUGGCGAUGGCAACAAUUUGCAAUCUCUGGAGGAUGCUUCACAGCCAGAUGACACCGAGAGGGCAGGUGGCCCAACAGAGCCAUUUAGUGGUGCCAAUAUCUCUGGGGGUUCAGACUCAGUUGCUGAUGAUAUGGAUCAUGAACAUGACAUCAAUGGCAGUUUUGUGCCUGAAAAUGAAGAUGAUUUUAUGCACGACAAUUCUGAAGAAGCUGGUGGACUCCAUACUGGUGCAGACGGUAUUGGAAUCUCCUUUGGUAUUGAGCAGGGCGCUCAAGAUAAUCUUAUUGAGGAAGAUGAUGACGAGGAAAUGAGCAGUGAUGGUGGAGAAGAAGUGGAUGAAGAUGAAGAUGAGGAUGAUGACGGCAAUGAUGAGCUGGAUGAAGAUGAAGUUCAUCACUUGUCGCAUCCAGACACUGAUCAGGAUGAUCAUGAAGUUGAUGAAGAUGAAUUUGACGAGGAUGUUAUGGAAGAAGAUGAUGAAGAUGAUGAAAAUGGUCUUAUACUCAGACUAGAAGAUGGUAUCAAUGGGAUCAAUGUUCUUGACCACAUUGAGGUGUUUGGCAGAGACAACUUUUCCAAUGAUGCCCUUCAUGUAAUGCCUGUUGAAGUUUUUGGUUCUAGGCGACCAGGUAGGACAACAUCUAUAUACAACCUUCUUGGAAGAGCUGGAGAUAAUGGCAUCCCUAUUCAACAUCCACUUCUGUUAGAACCUUCUGCUUCAUCAAACAUUUUGCAGAGGCGGUCAGAUAAUGCGGGUGGAGCAAGUUCCACUGAUCAAAACUUUGAGAGUUUCUCAGCACAUUUGGAUGCUAUUUUUCGUUCUCUUAGAAGUGGGCGGCAAGGAAACCGUCUGAACAUAUGGACAGAAGAUGGCCAAGUACGGGGGGCAUCUAAUGCUGCAAUGGUCACCCAAAGCAUGGAAGAAUUCUUUGUGACACGUUUGAGGAAACCAAGCCAAGUUGAACCAUCCACCAAACUCGGUGCUCCAGAGCAGCCAUCACACAAAGGUGAUGGUGAGGGUAUAGAGGAGCCAAUUGGGCAGAGGGAAGAGCCACCAAAUGCUAACUCUGGCAAUGAAAGCGAGCUUUUCCAGUCCUCAAAUCUGGCAGGAGUGGAUGGGAACAGAAAUGCGGAUACAGGCAACACAGAUCAUGUUUUUCUUCAAGAAGGAGAUUUGGCAACCUCACAAUCCCAUGGUAAUGAGAUGCAAUAUGAACGGAAUGAUGCAGUUCCAAGGGAUGUUGAGGCAGUGAGUCAAGAAAGUGGUGGAAGUGGGGCAACCUUGGGGGAAAGCCUUCGUAGCUUGGAGGUUGAAAUUGGAAGUGUGGAUGGGCAUGAUGAUGCAGGAGAAAGGCAGAUAGGUGAUCAGGCGAAUCGGGCACGUAGAGUGGUAUCAUCUGCAACUUCCUUGCCAAUGAAUAAUGCUGAUGCAUCCCCACCAAAUGUCAGUGAAGCACCACAAGAUCCUGGUCAAGCAAUUGAUGAGGGCCGCCCAACUGAGAACCAGCAGGCUACUGGAUCAUUAGAUACUGGGUCAAUUGAUCCUACAUUUUUAGAUGCUCUUCCAGAGGAACUAAGGGCCGAAGUCCUUUCUGCUCAGCAACAUCAAGUGGCCCAGUCCUCAAACGAGCAGCCUCAGUCUGCAGAGGAAAUUGAUCCAGAAUUCCUUGCUGCUCUUCCCCCAGAUAUCCGUGCUGAAGUUCUUGCACAACAACAAGCACAGAGGUUGCAUUCUGCACAGGAACUGGAAGGGCAGCCAGUGGAAAUGGACACAGUUUCUAUAAUUGCAACUUUUCCGUCAGAUCUACGGGAAGAGGUUUUGUUGACUUCAUCUGAUGCAAUCUUGGCCAACCUAACACCUGCAUUAGUUGCGGAAGCAAAUAUGUUACGGGAGAGGUUUGCACACCGGUACCAUAGCCGAGCACUUUUUGGAAUCCAAUCUAGAAGCCGGCGUGGUGAGUCUUCUGCAAGGGGUGAAACUGCAUCAUCUAGCUUGGAUAGAGUUGGAGGUAUUCCUUCACGGAGAUCCGGUGUAGGCAAGGUUAUUGAAGCGGGUGGAGCUCCUCUAGUCGAUACAGAAGCCUUAAAAGCCAUCGUUCGGCUUCUACGCAUUUUCCAGCCCCUUUAUAAAGGUCAAUUGCAAAGGCUUCUGCUCAAUUUAUGUGCCCAUCGUGAUACACGUUCAUCAUUAGUGCAACUUCUAAUGGAUAUGUUGAUGCUUGAUGUAUGGGGGCCCACCAAUGUUACGGCCUCUGCAGAACCAUCUUAUCGUCUUUAUGGAUGUCAGAACUCUCUCAUUUAUUCUCGCCCACAAUUUUUGCAUGGAGUGCCUCCCAUGGUCUCAAGGCGUGUUUUGGAAACAUUGACAUAUUUAACUAAAAAUCAUCCUCAGGUGGCCAGGCUUUUGCUUCAUCAUCAGCUGCUUAAGCCCUCUUCACAAGUAAGUUCUGAUAGGGGACGUGGUAAGGCUAUAAUGGGAAGUGAAGAGCCAGCAAGUGAGCAGUAUCAGAAAGGUGACGUUGGUAUAGUUUUGCUCUUAAGCCUCUUGAAUCAGCCAUUGUACUUGAGGAGUGUGGCUCAUCUUGAACAGUUGUUGAAUCUCCUGGAAGUCAUAAUUGAUAAUGCUGAAAGAAAUUCAGGCACAAGCGAAAAGGCUGAGGAGUCUAAGACAUCUGCAUCACAGAAUAUCGGAAAUGGUGCUGUAUCCAGUACUGAGGCUGCUAGAACAUCAACUAAGAAUGAAACCAGUGCUCCUGUUGCUGGCGAAGCAUCAGAUGUUUCAACUUCUAGUGAAUGUUGUGUAUUACAGAAUCUUCCAGGCACAGAGCUCAGACUUUUAUGCUCUUUGCUUGCAAAAGAAGGAUUAUCAGAUCCUGUGUAUGGUCUGGUUGCAGAGGUAUUGAAAAAAUUAGUUGCAAUAGCUCCCAUUCAUUGCCAUCUUUUUAUUAAGGAGCUAGCUGGCUCUGUCAGAAAUUUGAUGAGGUCUGCAAUGGAUGAAUUGCAUGGGUAUGGGGAAUCCGAAAUAACCCUGGUCAGCAUGGAUUUGACAGAUGGAACCGCUAUUCUUAGAGUUCUGCAGGCAUUGAGCUCUCUUGUUUCAUCCUUAGUGGAGAAGGAAAAGGAUGUUCCUGUUUAUGAAAAGGAGCAGAAUGAUGCAUUUUGUCAAGUAAAAGAUAUAAAUGAAACUUUGGAGCCCCUGUGGCUGGAGCUGAGCAAUUGCAUUAGCAAGAUAGAGAAUUCUUCCGAAUCUGCCAUGGGGUUAUCUUCAAACUAUGGAAAUUUUUUGUCAAUGUCCACCAGUGCGACACCCCCACUUCCAGCUGGUACCCAGAACAUAUUACCAUAUAUAGAAUCAUUUUUCGUAGCAUGUGAAAAGUUGCAUCCUGAGCAGCGUGUAGCUUGUCAGGACAUUGUAGGUGGAGCAAAUUCUGAGGCUGAAGAAGCUUCAUCAUCUAACAGAUCCCAGUCAAAAUCUGAUGACAAGCAUAAUGCAUUUGUGAAGUUCACAGAAAAGCACAGGAAGCUUCUAAAUGCAUUUAUCAGGCAAAAUCCUGGGUUGCUGGAAAAAUCUUUCUCCCUUAUGUUGAAGGUGCCACGGUUCAUUGAUUUUGACAAUAAGCGUGCUCACUUCCGCUCUAAAAUAAAGCAUCAACAUGAUCAUCAUCAUAGUCCUUUGAGAAUCUCAGUUAGGAGAGCUUACAUCCUUGAAGACUCAUAUAAUCAGCUACGCAUGCGUUCAACACAAGAAUUGAAGGGUCGUCUUACUGUAAAUUUUCAAGGAGAGGAAGGUAUUGAUGCAGGUGGUCUUACUAGGGAAUGGUACCAGUUGUUAUCAAGAGUAAUUUUUGAUAGAGGUGCUCUACUUUUUACCACGGUGGGAAAUGAGUCCACAUUUCAGCCAAAUCCCAAUUCUGUCUAUCAGACAGAGCACCUCUCAUACUUCAAAUUUGUUGGUCGAGUGGUUGGCAAAGCACUAUUUGAUGGUCAACUACUAGAUGUUCACUUCACUCGAUCCUUUUAUAAGCACAUCCUAGGUGUGAAGGUCACAUAUCAUGAUAUAGAGGCCAUAGAUCCGGAUUUCUUUAAAAACUUGAAGUGGAUGCUUGAGAAUGAUAUUAGCGACAUACUGGACCUGACAUUUAGCAUGGAUGCAGAUGAAGAGAAGCUCAUCUUAUAUGAGAGAACUGAGGUUACUGAUUAUGAGUUGAUCCCUGGUGGUCGGAAUGUGAGAGUUACAGAAGAGAACAAGCAUGAAUAUGUUGACCUUGUUGCUAAACAUAGACUCACAACUGCAAUCCGUCCUCAAAUAAAUGCCUUCAUGGAGGGCUUUAAUGAGCUUAUCCCCAGGGAUCUAAUAUCCAUCUUUAAUGACAAGGAGUUGGAAUUAUUGAUUAGUGGCCUCCCAGAAAUCGACUUGGAUGAUCUGCGAGCAAACACCGAGUAUUCAGGAUACACAGUGGCAUCGCCUGUCAUACAGUGGUUUUGGGAGGUGGUUCAAAGUUUCAGCAAAGAGGAUAAGGCUCGGCUUUUGCAGUUUGUAACUGGCACCUCCAAGGUUCCUUUGGAAGGUUUCAGUGCUCUUCAAGGAAUAUCAGGAUCCCAAAGAUUUCAAAUACACAAGGCUUACGGCAGUCCAGAUCACUUGCCAUCUGCUCACACUUGUUUCAACCAGUUGGAUUUACCAGAAUAUCCUUCCAAACAACAGCUCCAAGAGAGGUUGCUUUUGGCUAUCCAUGAGGGUAGUGAAGGCUUUGGCUUCGGUUAAUAUCAUCGGCCAUUGAGUGCCAGUGUAGAUAUGUGUUCAAAGUCGGCGAAUACCCAAAAUGUGAAGAUUGAACAAAGGGGAAAGAGAGGAGAGAAAAGGGAGGGUGGCUGUUGGGGAUAUGUUGGGAUCAGUUUAUAAUUAUUUGGUGUACAGCAUUUUUAUAAUGGAUGUUACUUUGGCA